CUACCGUUUUUUAAUCUCAGUAGUGACGUGGUGUGAGCUUCGUGAUUUUAUAGAGGGUGUGUCUUCUUCGUCGGAAUAGGAUAGUUGGAACACAUUACAAAUCGCCAUGAAGAAAGUUGUGAUGUUUGGGUCCACCGGGAUGACCGGUCUUUGCGCCCUGGAGUACGCUGUCGAAAAAGGACUUCAGGUGCGAGUGUUUGUGCGUGAUAAAGCAAAAAUUCCGAACCAUUUGAGUAGGAAGGUAGAUAUUGUUGUUGGAGAUGUCCAGAAUGCUGAGGAAGUUGAAAAUGCUGUUGCUGGUCAAGAGGGUGUUGUUGUAAUAUUGGGAACCCGAAAUGACUUGAGUCCAACAACAGUGCUGUCUGAAGGCAUGAAAAACAUCAUCGCAGCCAUGAAAAAUACUAAUGUGGAAGCGAUAUCAGUCUGCUUAUCAGUGUACCUCUUUUAUAAACCGGAUGACAUUCCAAGAAUUUUUCAGGACAUCGUCGAUGAGCACGAGAGGAUGCUCAAUGUUCUGAAAGCGAGUGAAUUAAAGUGGGUUGCCGUCUUUCCACCUCGCAUAGCAGAGACUCCGGGUGGAAAAUUCACAGUAAAACACGACGAAUCCCCAGGGCGUGUGAUAUCGAAACAUGAUCUUGGAAAAUUUCUGGUUGACUGCUUGGACCAAUCAGAACAUCAUCAACAACUUUGUGGGAUUGCCGAAUGCACUUGAGAGAUAAAAUAUUUUCAUGUACGAGACGCAGCAUAUGCGUUCUUCCAGGAUAAAGCACAACCGUUUGCGGCGUUACGAAACGAUGCCUUGGCAUUGGUGGUGGUGGUGGACUAAAGAAUUUACAUG